AUGGAUGACUCGGCAAGGGACUACUAUGACAUCCCCGUACAAUGGAUACCGUCUUCGAACUUUGCGAAUCGGCCGGCAAGCGAGAUCAGCGAGAUAAAUCUGGACGGUCUCUGGACAUUCAUGUCGUCGCCUGAUUCAUCUGCGCCGCCGUCCGAAAACGAGGAUGAUCAAACUCCUACAUCGCGAGAGAUACCCGAAUGGACGAGACGCGAGAAUGACGCAACUAUCCUUGCGCCACAGCCAAGAUCGAGCAUGUUGAGCCACAACGGAAAGGCAUCAGAUAGUCCUGUUAUGCGAGGAAAGGCAGCUACUGCUCCAGCGGGGGGAUUCAACACCCCUAAUUACGCACCACAGCCGCCGAGACGUGCAGUCAGCGCAAGGCUGGGUCCGUCAAGAACGAUCAGAGGCAGGAAGCCGCAGCGCGAGGAUCUGGAAGUCGACCCAUUGACUGUUGUUAAGACACCGCUUCAAGCACAUCUGGGACCAGAUAAGCCCUUGCCAUCACUUCCAGUUAUUGUAGCUCCGGUCGACAGUGAUCCCUGGGGUAACGCAAAGGUGCCAGGUUCAUUCUCUCAGAGGGUGCGCGUCAAGAAAACGUUGGACGGCAAGAAUGUGGAAAGGCUGAACACGGAUAUUGUAGACUUCGAGUCACGGGGACUACUCAGCUCUCCAAGGUCGAUGAUGAACACGCCUCGGGAACUGUAUGCGAUCCCAGAGAAGCGCGCCACUCUUGAAGAGCCCUCAAGUCCAAUCAGCCCUCAUGCGAAGGAUGCGAGGAGAUCCAUACUGUCCAGCCUUUCGGGCAAGGGGCUAGCUUUGCAUUUGAAGAAGCCAAGUCAAUAUUGGCAACAUAAUGAUGCCUUGAAGCUGUAUCCCGAGGGCUGGAAGGCAACCUACUUACCUGGAACGAUCUGCUUGGAGAAGCAUCCUGCGCAGCUUCGAAAAGACUCUGUUGCGUCUUUGGACCCGUUUGCCAAGGAAGUAGAACCCCGUGUCAGGCGGCAUUCUGAUCUGAUAGUGCUCGACAGCAUAACAGCCUUCUUUGAUGAUCUAGGUGUCUUGGAGGACGCGACAGAGGUUUGUUUGGACAUGUUCUGGCGCGAUGUAACUCAAGCGCCAUACCACGUUGCAAACACUAGGGCAUCGAGCAUCGUCAGUGUCGAGGAGCCUGCGCUAAAGAGUCUGGAGAGCCUACAAAGUGCUCCAAAUGCACUGAGUCUGCGCAGGUCAAGGUUUUCCUUCUCCUCGGCAUCGUCCUCCAUGUCCGUACCACGUAAUGGCGCACCAAUGCGACAACGGGAUAGACUCAAAAGGCUGUUUUCUCCUGCCUUUCCUGGCGCAGCGUUUCUGAGAACGCCCGCGGCGCCUAAAGAGCAGGACAGCAAAUCGGACAUGGGCUCCACGGGCGACGCUACAUCCGUAUACUCAGCACCAUUAGCCCAGCGGCGGGACAGAUAG